CGUCCACCCCGCUCACUGCCCAGCAUGGCCUCGCUGCGCAGCCUCACUGGCGCCUUCCGCGCCCUCGCCAUGCCGUCCGGCGCCAGCUCGUCGCGCGUGGCGCUGCAGCCGGCACGCUUCGCCCCGCUGCGCCCGUCUCUCGCGCCGCCGCACUUGGCGAUGCCCGACGCCGUGCGGUGUGCCAGCAACCUGGCGCCGCGCCGCACCAAGUACCGCAAGGCGCACAAGGGCCGCGUGCCCAUUCCCAUCGGCGGCUCGCUCAAGGGCACCACGCUGGCCGAGGGCGCCUAUGGCCUGCGCCUGCUGGCGCCUGCGCGCCUCAGCGCCAAGCAGCUGACGUCGGCCGAGACGGCGCUGAAGCGCAAGCUCAAGAUCAUCAAGGGCGCACAGGUCUUCAUGCGCGUCUUCCCCGACAUUCCCGUCUGCGUCAAGGGCAACGAGACGCGCAUGGGCAAGGGCAAGGGCACGUUUGAGUUCUGGGCCUGUCGCGCACCCAUCGGCCGCGUCAUCUUCGAGAUCGGCGGCCCCGUCGACAUUCGGCCAGAGGUGGCCAAGGAGGCUCUGCGGCUAGCAUCGGCCAAGCUGCCCGUGCCCACCGAGUUCAUCGACGCGUCAGCUGGCCCGCGCCUCGGCAGCCUCAGCGAGGUGCUCCCGCCUGCGUCGGCCGCUGCCCGGUCAGGCGCCGGCAUCGUCGUGCCGGCGGGCGCGCCCGUGCCGCCGGCAUAGGGAAGGAACAGCAUAGGGCUUGCACAGGGUGCACGGGUAAUCUAGACAGGUCCGACAGACCAGCGCGCGCGGCACAGGGGUGGCUGCUACGGGUGUGCGAGGCAUCAGAACGUGGCGCUGCCGUUGAGCGGCGAGGCGACGCCGCCGGGCAGGUUGAGCGGCCAGGCAGAGAAGAAGAACGUCCACCGCCGCUGCGCGGCACAGUGCGCCGCCAG